UCAUGUAGCCUAUCCUUCGAGGCAACGUUUUUAAUGUGUUGUCCUGGUGUUCUUGAAACCCAUAGCGUGGCUUGAUGUAACCGAUUGGAUUUACGAAUAUUCGGAAUAUUUAUUUUAGUGGGCAAUUUACCUAACCUACAUUUGCCAAAACAAUAUGCGCGUACGGUACGGCUCCUGUUUGGUAAGAAAAUGAUGUGGACAGAACUGCGCCAGGAAGACUUGGGACAAUAAAGGACGUUUACUGUUGAUAAAUCAGUUAUACCACUCAGUUUUCGCAAUCAUGCUGUGUUGCGAUUAUAAACCAGCAUUUGUAGUUUUAUUGGUGUCUUUAGUGCGUCCCUUGACUGCAGUGGAAGUCGUGAGUCGCAUGCAUCUUACCGCCAAGGGGAGGCAUUACCAAAAUGGUUCCGUGAGUAGUUUAAACAGUUCCUCCCAUCUGAGUCUGUCCACUGUUUGCUUCUCUUGGGACCCAUGUGUCCGGGUGCUGGCCACAAUCAGUGCUACAGACUUCCCAAAUCAAAAUAAAUCCCUGCAAAUUAACUCAGUGUUGGAUGAUAAAACCAGGACUAUCUACAUUAAAAGACAAAAACGAGAAGUUCUAAAGUGGUAUGAUAACUCAGGCAACAAAGGAAAAACACAGAUCGUUAUGCCUAAAGAGGGCCCGCUAAUUGUGUUGGACCUGGUGUUCAACUGUCUACAAUAUGAAGCAGAACGGGAAAUAAUUGUGUCUUUGAGUACAAAUCCAAAAGGCUCCAUCUCAUACACUGUAAAGGAUGUUUGUACAGAUCCAGUACCGAUGUUUAAUGUGUCAGUGGAUCAGCUGUCCAAAACCUUCACUGUGACUGUGGAAACGGGACAGCCUGUUAACACCAUGCUGUGCUACAGAACAUCAGAAGUUGAAUGCUCCCCACUGUCAUUCACUACUAUUGAGCCGUCCAAGUCCCAAUCAGCCAUCCUCAGAUUCCCUUACCUGCUUCCCUGUGUCUGUUUGCAAGUUUACUACACACACCUGGACGCACUACGAGUCCCAUACUGUCCAUUUAACAAUGGUUCACUAGUUGCAGGCACUGAUGUUUGGCUCUCCAGUGAAGUCACUCUCUACGGUGGCACAAGUCUGGCCUGGAAGUCUCCCUGUCCCCCUUCCUACAUCCAGCCUACUUCCGCCCUCUGCUGGAGGGACCAGGGUGCCACAGCUCUCUGCACUCCCAUCAUCAACUCAACAUUAGAAAGGACAGAGGAGAGUCACAAUUGUGUUAAAUACAAUAUAUCUGGUGUGGACAAACACUCUCAGAUGUGUGUGCAGUUUUCAUUUUACGGCAGUAAGGAUGUCCAAUGCCCAUUUGAGGCAGGGUUUUCUAGCUGGGAUGUAUAUGUUGGUCCUGGUUGGAAGAGUCUGUAUGUGUAUCUCGACACCAAGAUCCCAGCCUCUUUUUCCGCCCAGCUCUGUGUCUUGGAGAAAAGUGGAUGUAUCUCCACAGGACCUGUCCAUUCCGCUAAAAUUGGAGAGGUCACCAGACAGACACAGAUGAUCCUGCCACUUGCGUUCCUGACUGAUGACCUGUGUGUGCAGGUGUGGAAAUCAGAUCCUGCUCAGCUUGGGAGAAGAAUUUUAUGCACUGAUUAUUCCCAUAGAAGAUAUGGUCUCCUUGUUGUGGCAACCCUGACACUUCUGGUCACCAUGGCAAUGCUGGGACGAUGUGUUUACUAUAUGACCAAGACAAGAGUUGCAGGCUGGCUGUCCAUCCAGAGACCAGUGUUGCUGGUGUGCUCCUCAGAGCAGGCUGAUCAUGUGUCUGCCGUCUGCGCUCUUGCAUCCAUCCUACAGGGGGAGCUCUGUGCAGCAGUAAGGAUGGCUCUGUGGGCCCACAGCUCUGGAGGGAGACAGAAUGAGAUUGGGACUGGGGCUGAGGCUGGGGUGACAGAGCUGGGUCCUCUACCCUGGCUUUAUGGGCAGUGGGAAGCAGUCCAGGCAGCUGGAGGAAAGGUGCUGAUCACUUGGAGCCCUGAGGCUAAUACAUCCUACAAUUGCUGGAAAAGGGAGACAACAGAAGUGGAGAAGAGAGAGGGGAAGAUAGGAGCGAGUAUGAGCAAGGAGGGGACACCGAAGGAGCCAUCCCCCGUGACAGGACCUGUGUUCAGGGCAGCCCUGUCCUACCUGCAGGGGGCCAUGCAGAAGGGAGGCAAGCACCACGGCUGCAUUCUCGUCUAUUUUCAAGGCUUCUGUCAUGCCAGGGAAAUCCCGAAGGAUCUCAGAGGCAUCCCGCGAUACUGCCUUCCUCAGGACUUUGGAGGACUGAUUCAGGAGUUGGUAGGGGUGGCAGAUGAGACUACAGGCACUACUCAUAAAAGUCAGUGCUGGCCUAGACUCCUUUCUAAAACACUGUCAUUCUGGUUGGCACGGCGACUUUCUCAAAGGCUCACUGCUUGGCAGCCACAGCAACAGACGUGCUCAAAGACGAUAAAUAAGCCAGGAAAGGAAUUUUCACAGAAAGUGAUGUCAGAGAAAGAGUUUCUCAUACCCCUUUUCCACCAACGCAUUUUGGGUGAGCCGGUGCUUAAUAGGGAACCAGUUGUUUCUCUUUCGACAGAGAACCGGAAAAGUGGUUCUGGUUCGUACGUGGUUCGCAAAUAGCACCACUUCGGAGCUGGACUAGAUUGGGAACCAAGUAAGAACCACUUGGGGUGGGGUUACCGUGACCAACAAGACGAACAGAAUCCUUUGACAGCCUUUGACAAUUCAUAUUUCAGCUAAACGGUACUGCGUUUUAUCAUAAUCCUAUCAAAUGAGUGAAAUGACAAACACAAAUGUUAUGAGCUAUUGAGCCUAUAUUUAACACAAAUGUAAUACACAAGCACUAUAAAGCAAAAGUUGAUAAAAUGUUGCUCUGAUAAUGCCAGUGUUGGCAUACUGCUGCGAGUCCAGGGUAUUGCGCAAUAGCCAAGAAAACACGCAUUUCAACCUUGCGUACUUCGGAUUGAUAAACAAACAGCCUUUAGACGGGCUCUGCUUUGUGUUUGGCGCUGCAGCUAGCGUUGCUGGGAAAGAUGAGACGUAUGCAGUGACGUAAUUACGUGGCUCUGUGGUGGCUCUCUUGCCAGUGGAAAAGCAAACCGGUUCUUAGAAGGCUCCGUUCUUGAACCAGCUCUGAACUGGCUCUAGCACCAGCUCCGAACAUAGCUCCCGGUUCACUUUGGUGGAAAGGGGGUAUCAGUGGAAUCACGUGGCGAAAAGAGCUGGAGUGUCAGGUUUCUCAUGAUGUUGGGACAGACUCUUAUCUUCAAUGUAACAUGAUGCAGAGCUACUCUGUCAAUAGGCAGUAUUCAUCAAAUCUGACUACUGAUAAAUACUUGUUUUGACUACAGGUGACAGUUGGAUCAGUUGGAUUUAUGAAUACCCUUAGUGUGUUUCCUCACCUGUAGCCACAGCUGAACAGGGCCUGCCAUGUUAAUACUGCUGACUUAUUACAGGAAGUAAUAGAACCAUGCUUAAAAGGACAGAAGUCAACAACUUUUUUAGUUGGCUUAAAACUAGUGAACGGCUCUGUACUGGAAAUGCUGGUUUUAGUACUGAUUUAUUACUUACUUGUAUAUAAAUUGUGGUGUGUGGUGCAGAGCUCCCCGAUGAUGUUUUGCACCACUGUGGAACAAGUGAGACCAGCCUGUGUUGUGUCCACAUCAUACAGUUUCUAUCAUAUCAGACUUCUCAUUUUAAUUCCAUAUUAGGUUGUAGUUUUACUUUGAUUGUGUCUGUAUUGAUUCGCCCUCUCAAAGGAUUGUAGUAUAAAUGGUGGUGAAGUUUAUACAGCGUUACUGUAUCAAACCCAGUUGUUUACCUCAUUCCAGUGGAGUCAGUAUUAUUUAAAUCAUCAACUGUCCCCAUUAUUACUGUUAUCCUGAAGAUCCAGACAUUAAGGAGACCUGUGGGGUUUCCUCUGAUGAAAUACGACUCACAGAUCCCACCCACUUGCUCUAACUGUAGUUGAAAUGCAAAGCAUCUGAAAAAAGGACAGUUUGUACUUGUGAAGCAAGACAUUUAAAACUGUGUGAUCAAGAAUGUUUUUGUAUAAAUCAUCUUGUGGGCACUAAGGGACACACAAUCAGUUCUGUUUGGAACCUCUUUAGUAAAGGUUCCACUACACAGACAAAUGAUUUAUCAGUGGUGUCACCAAGAUAUGUAAUUGUAUCUGGUUCAAGUUCAUGGGUUGACAUUGGUAUUUAAAGUAAAUUAUGUGCAGCUGAAUUACAGACGUGCUAUGCUUCAUACCCCAUUUAACGAUUUUUUACAUUGUACAACUACGUUACCUACCCUUUUUUAUGUUCUCUUUUGAAAGUUUUUAUGUAUUUGAUAUUUGAUAACAAUCUUGAAAAUAAUGUGUAAUCAUGAAUACAAUCUUGUUUUCACUUGAAUGAUUAAAAAAUAUUUUAUAUAAAUAUCUAAAAAGCAAACUGAUUAUUAUUUUA